AUGUCGGAAUCCGCACCGAGCCGCCCCAUGAAGUUCCCGUACACCUUCUCGACGAAGGUGGCACAAUUUCCUAUUAAGUUCUAUCUUCAGAACCAGUGGAUCUGGAAAUAUUGGAUGAUCGGAAUUGUCGUAUCCACUCCCAUCUUCUACAAGAUUCAUAAAAUGGCCAACUCACCUGCUAACGUGAGCAAAUGGGCAGAGAUCAAGAGGAAAGUGGCGGCUGAACAUCAUUAA